UUGCCCCUUGCUGUUUUAUAUAAAACCGACUAAAAUAAAUAUCGAAAAAGCAGUAAAUCAAACCCUAAUUUCCAGUAUCCAAAUCAGAAGCAGAAGAAGAAAAUAUGUCUUCGCUUGCAGCUGCUAGAGCAGAUAACUUUUACUAUCCUCCAGAAUGGGACCCAAGUCAGGGCUCUUUGAACAAGUUUCAUGGUCAACAUGCAUUGAGAGAGAGGGCAAGGAAAAUAGAUCAAGGCAUUUUGAUUAUAAGGUUCGAAAUGCCUUUCAAUGUUUGGUGUGGUGGAUGCAAUUCUAUGAUUGCAAAAGGUGUACGGUUCAACGCUGAAAAAAAGCAAGUGGGAAAUUAUUAUUCUACAAAGAUAUGGAGCUUUACCAUGAAGUCUGCAUGCUGUAAACAUGAGAUCAUCAUUCAGACAGACCCAAAAAAUUGUGAGUACGUGAUCAUUAGUGGUGCUCAGCGGAAAACUGAAGUGUUUGAUGUUGAGGAUGCAGAGACAUUAGAGCUUCCUGCUGAUGAAGAAAGAGGCAAGCUUGCAGAUCCAUUUUAUCGUCUUGAACAUCAGGAAGAGGAUUUACAGAAGAAGAAAGAAGCUGAGCCAGUACUGGUUCGCCUUCAGCGAGUGUCUGAUGCCAGGCAUUCAGAUGAUUAUGCGCUCAACAAAGCUCUCCGUGCCAAACUUAGAAGUCAAAAGAAAAGGGUUUUUGAAGAAGAAUCUGCUUCGAAGAAAAUGGGCCUAAGCAUUCGACUCCUUCCGGCAAGCGAAGAAGAUGCUGCUACUGCUGCAGGAGUCAAGUUUUCUUCCAAGUUUGAAAGAAAUAGGAAAGAUAAGCGAGCAUUGAUUAAAGCUGCUUCAAUCUUCCCCGGAUCAUGUGGGUCCUCCACAUCCAAUAAGAAAAGGUUGGAGCUGGACUCCAAGAGAAGAAAAAUCUGUGCAGCGGCAGCUUCUAACUUGCUGACAGGGGGAUUCAAGCCAUCGUCAUGGUCACAAAAUGCUGCGAAGAAGAGUGCUUCAACGAAUAUACGAAAGUUUUAGCUUGAAUUAUCAGACUGCUGUUUCGAUUCACAUAAGUUUGUAAGGCAGUUGGGACGGAUUGAGUCAGGUACCCUUGGUUUUUCUUGUGCGCGACUGCGGUGGAGCAUGUGUAUAAAUACUUCUACUGCUAGUUAACUCUUCCAACCUCUGGAUUUAAGCGAUCUAUGUGGUUAUAUCAAAUCAUUUAUAAAUGGAAUGGGCAUUGUAUU